GCCGGUAUCCCCACAAGCCACGCGGACCUCACGAUUCAUGAGACUCGCGUUCUCAUGAUAAGUUGCUUCAUCAUCACUUUCGGAGAAGCUCUACUGUUCAGGACGUCCUCGUUAGAGCUAAGGCUACAGCUGGUUGCUGUAGAAACCCGCCAUGCUGAGCUUUACGCUGCUCGUUUUCUCUAUCCUGCUGCAUCGUAGUCUUGCUGCGAUAUCUGCGGACGCAUUCUAUCAACUGCCACUGGCCCUAGGAGGGACCUUAGUCGCGCCUCCGUCGACAACAGUGCUAAGCAAGCAUGCUAUUACUCCAGAACUGUCUGACUACAUUGAGAGGCUGCUGAAGACCGCUCGUAUUCCUGGUAUCGCUCUGGGAGUCGUACAUGUUUCGGAAGGGCAGGAACCGGUCAUCGAGUUGGAAGCAUGGGGGCACAGGACAGAAGAAGGGGAUGGGCAUGACAUGACUCCGGACUCACUCUUUACUAUAGCCUCAUGCUCCAAGGCAUUCCUUGCUAGCUCUGUCGGGCUGCUCAUGGAUGAUUUCAGCCAAGGUCGGAAUGUGACUCCUCUGCCACCAGGCGUCUCGCGGUUCGAUUGGGAUACGAAGCUGAAGGACAUCCUGCCCGAUGACUGGGUGCUCGCGGACGAGUGGGCAAGUCAGAAGGCUAACAUUCGUGACAUCCUCGCGCAUGUCUCUGGUCUGCCGAGGCAUGACUUUUCAUAUGGUCCGAAGGACUCAACUCAGGACGUUGUGCGCAACCUGCGCAAUCUGCGACCUGCAUAUGAGCUGCGUAAGACAUGGCAUUACAACAAUCAGAUGUAUAAGACGGGAGCAUACCUCGUGUCGCAGUACGCGAACACUACGUACACCUCCUUUGUGAAGUCUCGGCUCUUCGAGCAAAUGAACAUGACUUCAUCAACAUUCUGGCCUGAAGAAGCAGCCAAAGCGGGAAAAUUCACUCAAACUUGGACCAAAUUUGGUCGACGCAUUCCGUCGGGAUUCCACCAAGACAUUGUCGAGCUCUUAGCUGGUGCAGGAGGUGUUAUCACUAGUGCAGAAGAUAUGACCAAAUGGCUGAUCACGCUGCUGAAUCACGGUGUAGAUGCGGCAACACAUAAAAUCAUACUCCCUCGCUCAACGUUCGAUGAGAUGACGACUGCUCAUUCCAUCAUAAAGGGCGCUGGAGCGACCCCAGACAUGUCCUUCGAAGGAUAUGGGAUGGGAUGGAUCCGAUGGUCAUACCAAGGCCACGAAAUCGUCUCACAUACCGGUGGGGUACCUGGCAUAUCUACUCGCGUCGCGUUCCUUCCGUCGGACGGCCUCGGAUUGGUGUUGCUCGCAAAUGCUGACGAGAAGGCGAGCGCGAACGAAGCGAUUAUGUACCGAGUUGUUGAGGACGUUUUGGGGCUACGCCGGGUAGACCGACCUCUAGCGCAUGACUCCAGCUCACUCGCAGAUGAAGAGCAGUCGAGAUCCAUUGAGCAUGAGAGGGCGUCGGGAAUUAGAGAACCGCCUUCGCUAGACCUGGAGAAAUACACAGGGACUUACAGCAACCUUGGGUAUGGCGCCUUCACAUUGUGUUCGCCAGAGAGCACCUCGCACUACUGUACAGAGGUGCUCGCCGACUUUGCUCCCUUUCGCAGCCCGAACGAACAAGCCCUGUAUGCCUCUUGGCCACGCAUUUGGUCGACACAUUUACGUUCGGUUCCAAAGGAAGGCGAGACGUUUGACUUCCAGUUUACCACGCUUUUUCCACGUGGCUAUGGCUUGAACAGCACUGCAUUUGAGACUUUCGAGACGGACGAGUCGGGAGGAACAGGAAUGUUCGUCCUGCAGGAGAGGAAUGGAGAACAGGAUGUGAAAGGCUUUGCUCUAAUGCUGGAGGAGGAAGCGGUGAAGGAAAGAAAGAAACACUUUGAAGAUAUCGAAGGUUACGCGGAUGCUUGGUUUAGAAAAAUAUGAUGUACUAUCCCGUCAUUUAUCAUUCUCAACGAACGUUUAUGCAUGUACCUGGGUCUUAACGCUGUGCUCGGUAUCAUGCCUGGUGAACCGGUGUUUUGCCUUUAUAAGAU